UCAGUAUGUCCGACAAAGAGGCGGAUGCUCGUACAUCCGACGACAUAGAUGUAUACGCUUCUCCUCCUGGGAGCGUGUACUUCGCCACCGAGAGCGACUCGCCGUCGAACGAGAUCGCUCAGGAAGAAGAGGAGCAGUACUUCACGCCGAAAUUCGAGAAGUUCCUACAGUGGAGGCAGACAAACCGUUCUCCAGACGAUUCCCCGUUCAUACCGGCGAAUCUGGAUAUACGCGACGAUAGCACGCCGGAAACGUCGCCGUGCGACGAGUCGUUGAUCAAGCAGAUAGGCAUUCUCAGCUUGUCCACGUCGAUGUAUCCACGCGUAUUUGGCUGUACACCCACGAAGGCGGAUGUGACGCUGACGAACGUAGCGAGCACCCCCGAGAGGAGGGACGUGAGCGAGGAUCUGUCGGCGCGAAUUUCGAACAGCGAACAAUCGACGAGCAGCGCGGAGAUGCCGCCGGUUAACGGCCGCAACGAAAGCUCGACGGGGGACAAGACGAAGGACGGGAGAAAAGACGAGCUGACAUCCGAUUACUCGACCAUGGAGCCGCUCGUGCUGGACGCUUCGUCGAAGGUGACGUCCGACAAUUCGAUCGAUCAGCUUCCGCCAUGUGGGGCGAGACAAAGCGACCGAGAGGACGCGAUCGUCGAUUCCGCAGAACAGCCGGGGACAAAGGGGCCUCGUGAUCCCGUGAAUGCGGAAUCGACUCGCAUGGCCAAUCACUCGGCGACGUCGUCGUCCGGCAGGCCGAGCGUCAUCGGGGACGGCGAGGUGUUCGAAGCGGACACGUUCGACGAUCGAUACAGCCGAAACGCCGAGCUGGUGCAGAGUUACAUAGAGCAAAUGAUGGCGAAGGAGCAGGAGGGCGGUUGCUUCGGUAGUCAUUGGCCGAGGAAGUUCAUAAACAUAUCGGCGCUGUGCCGAUCGCCCCAACGACUGAGAAGACCAAGAGAGAGGAGUCCGAGCGGCGUGAAGGUGAAAGCGAGCACGCCAGUGCGAGAAAAUGCGAAAACGUCACCGGGCCAGGAAAGCCCGCGGCAGGAAAGCCCGAUUUUCAAGCAGCGCUUCCCCUCGACGCACGACCAAAGAAGACAUUCCCAGAUAUAUCCAGAGUCAGAAAGAGUCAGAUCAGAUGUCCCGUUUCCACCGUCGCACAAAAUGACAGUGGCAGAAGUCUUCGACGAACGGACAGGAUCCCCGCGGCCGGAGGUCCUCAAGCAACACUUUAUCCUCGAAGGUAGGAUCGACGAGGCCGCGGCCCUUCGUAUAAUCAACGAUGGAGCCGCGCUUCUACGCUCGGAGAAGACUAUGAUAGACAUCGAGGCUCCGGUCACCGUAUGCGGCGACAUUCACGGACAGUUCUACGACCUGAUGAAAUUAUUCGAGGUGGGCGGACCACCCUCCUCGACCAAGUAUCUCUUCCUCGGCGAUUAUGUGGACAGGGGUUAUUUCAGUAUCGAGUGCGUAUUGUACCUGUGGGCGCUGAAACUGUGCCAUCCAACCACACUUUUCCUCCUCAGAGGUAACCACGAGUGCCGUCAUCUCACGGAAUACUUCACAUUUAAGCAGGAAUGUAAAAUAAAAUAUUCCGAGAGGGUGUACGACGCGUGCAUGGAUGCCUUCGACUGUUUGCCGCUCGCCGCCCUCAUGAACCAACAGUUCCUCUGCGUACACGGCGGCCUGUCGCCGGAAAUUCACAAUUUAGAAGACAUUCGCAAACUGGACAGGUUCAAAGAGCCGCCGGCGUUCGGGCCGAUGUGCGAUCUUCUCUGGUCGGAUCCUCUCGAGGACUUUGGCAACGAGAAGAACGCGGAGCACUUUUCCCACAAUAGCGUCAGGGGUUGUUCAUACUUUUACAGUUACGCGGCGUGUUGCGACUUUCUGCAAAACAACAAUUUGCUCAGCAUCAUAAGGGCGCACGAGGCUCAGGACGCCGGAUACCGCAUGUACCGAAAGUCCCAGACGACGGGCUUCCCGUCGCUCAUCACCAUCUUCAGCGCGCCCAACUAUCUCGACGUGUACAACAACAAGGCGGCGGUUUUAAAGUACGAGAACAACGUGAUGAAUAUCAGGCAGUUCAAUUGCUCGCCGCACCCGUACUGGUUGCCCAAUUUCAUGGACGUUUUCACAUGGUCCCUACCGUUUGUCGGCGAGAAAGUCACAGAAAUGUUGGUGAACGUGCUGAACAUCUGCUCGGACGACGAGCUGAUGAGCGACGGCGAUGACGCGCUCGAGGAAGAUGUCGCAGCCAAAGUCGUUGUCCAAAAAAAGAAUGGUGCAGCAGCCAAUCUACGUAAGGAAGUGAUCAGAAACAAGAUUAGAGCCAUUGGCAAAAUGGCACGGGUGUUCUCCGUCCUGAGAGAGGAGAGCGAGAGCGUGCUGCAGUUGAAGGGCUUGACGCCGACUGGAGCUUUACCGCUCGGUGCAUUAUCUGGUGGCAAGACCUCUCUGAAAAACGCACUUCAAGGCUUCUCGCCGAAUCACAAAAUUACCUCGUUCGCCGAGGCCAAGGGCUUGGACGCCAUAAACGAAAGAAUGCCACCGAGGAAAGACGCACCGCCCACGCCGGUGAACGAGGAGAAAGCCGUGACAAAGCCGCCGCCUCCUGCGGGAGACAAGCGGGACCACAACAUGCCGCAACCGCAGUCGUGAGCCCCACACUCGUCCACUCAAGAUGGCGGACGGACGGACGGGUCCUAAGAUCCCGGCGCUAUCGCCGCCACCACCGAACCAUUUGCAAACCAUUGCUCGUCUCUCCCCCUCCCCCCUCCCCCCCGGCUGUUACAACCAGUGCGCUGUUCAUCGAGGAGUCAGGAGAAGAAACCCAUCGCCGUCGCGAGAGAGGAAGAGAUCAGAGGAACGGACGGAUGAGACGGUCGUGCGCGUAGCGAAAGAGAUUUUUCGUCGAUGCGAUUUUCGAAGCGAGCAUCGUCAUCGGUCCCGGGGCAUACGCGCAUAGCGGAGGAGGAAGCAGCAGCAUCAUCAUCAGCAGCAGCAGCAGCAGCAGCAGUCAAGGCAAGGGGACGCGAACAUCGAGAAACCCAGCCCGAGCGAAUUUCGUAGCGGGCGCUCUCCUCUUCUCCGAGGAUUUUGCCUCCGUAUCUCUUUUUCGCGUACACUGCAUUCGCGAAUGGGGAGAACGAGAACGUUAGCCUCCCUUCUAUGAUGAGCCGCGCGCGUGCGAUGUUCUCCGAUCUCUCAAUGCCGUUCGCGCAAUUAUUCCUUGCUCUUUUUCUCCCUAUCUAUCUAUCUAUCUAUCUAUCUCUUCUCUUUCUCUCUCUCUCCUUAUCUUCGCUCACUCCGUCACUCGCAAUUUCCUCGCUCUUCUCUUCCCCAACAUCCACGAACGUGUACAUUACCCGCGUAUUUCUCGCGGAUUAAUCGACCCGAUGUUACAUACGCACGCGCGCAUGUACGUAUCAACGACGAGAGCGGAACGUUAGAGAGCGUGUGUAUCUUGUAGGCAGAUUCGUUUACAACACGUCGAGAUGUUCACGCAUGGAGGGGUGGAUGACGACUUCCUUCUCCCCCCCCCUUCCUCGCCCCGUUGUCUCCACCGGAUACCACCAUUUCUCUCGUAUUUCUUUUCUUUCUUCGGAUGCGGAAAAGCGAGGAGAGAGAUCCGGAACGGACGGCUCGCGCGCGCGGUUACGUCUAUCUAAUAAUGAGAGGAAUCGCAUAGACAGUGUGAAAGAGAGAGAAUGAGAGGGAGAGAAAGAGAAAGAGAGAACGGACGAGCGGUCUCCGCCAAAGAAACAAAGAGGGCAGCUGGCCUGUCGUCACGCGGCGGAGCUUCCGGUUUUAGGAUUUUACUAGGUUCUUAAGAUGUGUCCGCCCUGGGUGACGCGUAAGGGCAUCCCCCGCGCCACGGGGUGGGGUUACUUAAAUCUUAAGUCGAGCUAAGCUUAGGGGCUAAGUCGUAAAUUAUAUGCAUAUAUAUAUAAGUUAUAUAUUUAAAUUAUAUAAAUUAUAUAUACGUGCAUCGGA